AAGUGGACAUUCUCACUAAAUGAAAUUAACAUUUCUAGGUACUGUAGCUACACUCCUUAUGAUGGAAGAGAAGAAUCUUACUUGGCAGAAUUAUUUCAUCAUAAGUGGAAUCACUGACUUAUUACAGCUGCAAGCCCCUAUCUUCCUCCAAGUUCUACUCAUCUACCUCAUAAUUCUUGGUGGAAAUUUAAUAAUUUUACUUCUAAUAUGCAUGAAUACGCAACUGCACACACCAAUGUAUCACUUCCUAUGUCAUUUAUCAAUCAUGGAUGUUUUCUACAGUACAGUAACAAUGCAUAAGACACUGGAUACGUAUGUCUCUGGGAAUAAAAGGGUCUCAUUUUCAGCUUGUAUUGCUCAAUUGUAUUUCUAUGUUGCUUUCCUCUGCUGUGAGUUUUUGCUGCUAACUGCCAUGAGUUACGAUCGAUAUGUUGCCAUUUGUAUCCCUCUAAAGUACACUAUGAUUAUGAACAAGAAGGUGUACAAACUUAUGGCAACAAUGUGUUGGAUUCUGGGAUUCCUGGAAGUUCUUCCUGCUAUUUAUGUCAUUUAUGACAUCUAUUGCUUUAAAUCUAAUAUUGUCAACCAUUUUUUCUGCGAUCUUCUGGCUAUUAUGAAGCUUUUCUGCCACAGUGUUAAUAAAAUGGAACUUAUGAUAUAUAUAAUGUCAUUGUUUGUUGGGGUCCUGCCCUUCUCUCUUACCAUUAUGUCUUACAUCUUCAUCAUCCGUGCCAUUCUUAGGAUCCACUCCAGUACCGGGAGAUGGAAAGCUUUCUACACAUGUUCCUCUCAUAUCACUGUUGUAUCUUUGCUCUAUGUGACACUUUUCUGUUUGUACAUGAGACCCACCUCGGCAUUCACACUGGAAUCUGAUAAAUUGGUUUCACUGUUCUAUACAGCGCUAACGCCUAUGUUAAACCCACUAAUCUACAGUUUGAAAAACAAAGAUGUGAAACUCGCCUUCUGGCGACUGGUGAAUAAGACCAAUAAACUACUCUUAUAGCCUUUCAACUUUUCUUUAAUUAAUAUUAUUAAAAUUGUGUUGUGUAUUUGAUGGAUCGCAGGUUUUAUUUCAUAAUGGGUACAUCAUAGGUAUUGUAACGCAAGUUCCAUUUAGUCAAUAGUUGAACUGUAGAGGUAAAUAAUACAUUUCCCACAGUUUUCCAACAUUCAAUAAAAUAAUUAUAUCUCAAUGUUCUGCAUAUGCAAGAAAAAAAAAUGUUUAGAAGCUGCCCACAUAAAUGAAAUGCCAACAUAGUACUAUGUAUGUUCUGUGACAGUAAAUCUGAUUGACCAAUCAAGCAGACCAUAUGACUAAAUAUUUACUAUGUGUCCAUGAUGCACAUAGGUAAGUGCACAUGGAUUCCAGCAUACAUACAAAGUUGUAGUAGAAAAGUGCCCCCUUACAUUGGGGGUCAUUGAAGUCCCCCUUUACUGGUGCUGCCCCCUGAGAUUGGUGGUUGGUAGGAGAAGAACCCUCUUGGAUGGGUGUAGUGGUAGAAGAACCCCUGAGAUUGGUGGUUGGUAGGAGAAGAACCCCCUUGGAUGGAUGUAGUGGUAGAAGAACCCCUGAGAUUGGGGGUUGGUAGGAGAAGAACCCCCUUGGAUGGGGGUAGUGGUAGAAGAACCCCCUGAGAUUGGUGGUUGGUAGGAGAAGAACCCCCUUGGAUGGGUGUAGUGGUAGAAGAACCCCCUGAGAUUGGUGGUUGGUAGGAGAAGAACCCCCUUGGAUGGGUGUAGUGGUAGAAGAACCCCAUGAUCUGUCAC